ACACAGAAACUGAUGAUUCUGACUCGGAACCUUCUCUCGUAGACAUCACAUUCGAUGAUGAGAACUAUUUCCAAAAUGAACAUAAUCUUAAUAGGAAACAAAAUGAUGAAUCUUCUAAAAAAUCAGAAACAAUAAGAAUAAAGUUUGAAAGUGAUGAUGAUGAAGACGAUCAGGACGAGUCCGAUGAUGAUGAGGAUGCGGAUGAGUCUCAGGAUCUUGAUGAUCAAGAAUUCGAAGAGAGUACUAGUAAACCUAUUAAAUUCGAAGGUGAACAGAAUGAAAAUGACGAUGAAAUCAAAAAAGGCUCAACUACUAAACCUAAAAGUGUGGUUUUUGAAAAACAAAAAGCUCGGAAGAAAAAACCAAUACGAGAACGAAAACUUCGUAAUGUGGAGAAUCCUGGACUAAUGUCAAUGAUCGCACCCUACCCCGGGGUUGGAUACUAUGGAUAUCCCGGAUACGGGUACCUGGGUACUCCACAAUCUAGUUACCCUGCUUCAACAGGAGUAUAUCCAGCUACCAUUUCCCCUUAUGAUUACCCACCUUCGUACCCAGGAAUGGCAUAUCCAACGCAAACUUACCCCGGCUUCGCACAAUACCCUGGAUCAACAUACCCACCCGUCAAUUCGGGGUAUAUUACUACAUAUCCGACGCCAGGGUACCAAAAUCUAGUUGAUACAAGACCAGCGAAUCCUGUAGUCUAUCCUGGACCUGCGAAGGUAGAUCGCGGACCUUCGAUACGGUAUCCAGGACAAGGAUAUCCGAGUGGACCCAGUCCAAAUCAACCACAGAAUGUCCAAAGCAACCCUCCUUACAAUUCGGGUUACACUGGGUCUUUUUAUCAAGCCUAUCCUUCUACUACUGGUAGUUACGCUCCUGCAUCUGCGUAUCCUAGUGCUGCUGCUACUGGUUACCCGUCUUCGUAUCCCGGUGACUCAAGUUCUCAGUAUCCUGGUCAAAGUCAGUCGCCAUAUAGUCCGGGAUAUCAGACUGGGUAUCCAUCAGGAGCCAAUGGACCUUACCGUCCAAACCGCCGUCCGAAAUCAUUAACCCAGCGCGCAGUGUCCGCGGUGGCAGAAGCAUUGACAUCAAUAGCGUUGUAUGAUGAUUACCAGUGCGUGCCGCGCAUGUUGUGCGAGGUGGCGGGAGGCAGCACGGCGUCCUCGCCGACCCUGCAGAAGGCGACUGCUGGCCUGCAGCCGUUGUUGGGUUUGCUCCAGUCAUUCAACGGCGUCAGUGCCUCCCCCCUCUUGGUGUUCGGCCGCGCAGCAGUCCUCGGCGUAACCUCCAAAAACAACCCAGCAGCCUGCAGCAAAGCCUACCCUCAGUGUCCUAACGACCCUGAAAAACUUAUCUACUACCUCAACAACCAUAACGGUGGCUUCUUUAGAUUCUUCGGCCAACCAGAGCUUUCUCAACCCCAUAAUUUGGAACAAUUUUAUGGGUACCUUGCUGGUCAAUAUGGACUUUUGCAACCGCCAGGAGCAACCAACAGGUACCCCAAUACUGGUGGUUAUGGUUUGCUACCUCAAUAUCGUGAACUGAAUAAUAAUAGAGAAUUCAAUGACGUACAGAGUGAGGCAGAAGAACGGAUACAGAACAAACCACAUGUGAAUGCUUUAGAUGACGUCAGUUCUUAUGAUUCUGAUGAUGGUUCAAAAUUUACAUUCCCUGAAGAAGACAAAAGAAGAGACAAAGAACACGUUUUCAGAAGAGAACCAGAACGAACGAUCAGAGAUAGUAAUAGUCUGAAAUUCCCUGAUGAUAGACCCGCUGAUGAAACACGAGAUUAUCGCAAACCAAUUGAUUAUGUGCGAAAACAGAAAAGCAUAUUAUUCCCUGGAGAAAAUAAUUACCAAAGCAAUGACGAAAAUAAUUUUAAUUACAAUGAUUAUAACAAUGUAUAUCAAAAUCAUCAAAGGCUAGUAGCUGUAAAUAGUAAUACAGAUGACUUUAUUUUUGAUUAUGCUCAUAAUAUAUAUGUGAAGCGCCCUAGAGAAGUGGAACCGAAUGAUUUGACCACAGUUUACGUGGUCAGAGGUAAUGGUGACCCGAACCAUCCAGAAAUUGUGCGAGUUAGACCUGGACAGAGCGUUUGAAUACCAAAUAUAAGUUAUAUGAAUAGAGAUACUAAUAAACUUACCAAAAUGUCACAAACAGCUGUCAUCAUUUCUAGCUAAGUUA